UCACAGUCCCACGGAUCGAGGCCGAAAUCACCUCCCGCUCGGCACUGCUCAAAACUUCCGCGUUCCCUCCCAAACCCCACCGAUAAAUACUCCUCCAACCCCGAAUCUUAACCAUCGCACAAAUCCUCUUCCUCGAGUUCUCCUCAACCAAAUUCAAAGUCACAGCGGCGAAACUCUCGGCGAUGUCUGGCCGCGGCAAGGGCGGGAAGGGUCUGGGCAAGGGCGGCGCCAAGCGCCACCGCAAGGUGCUGCGUGACAACAUCCAGGGCAUCACCAAGCCGGCGAUCCGCAGGUUGGCGAGGAGGGGCGGCGUCAAGCGCAUCUCCGGGCUCAUCUACGAGGAGACCCGCGGCGUGCUCAAGAUCUUCCUCGAGAACGUCAUCCGCGACGCCGUCACCUACACCGAGCACGCCCGCCGCAAGACUGUGACCGCCAUGGACGUUGUCUACGCUCUCAAGCGCCAGGGCCGCACCCUCUACGGUUUCGGCGGUUAGGUCGCCCCUCUCCCGGUGGCGAAUUACGUGGUGGCGGUGGCGGUCGUGUUGUGUUCUUGGUCUAGUUAGUCUGUGUUGUCUUUAUCGGUGCUGUUUUCUGUGGUGGUUGUACUGCAUCGUUCUAGUUUCUAGUCCAUGUGCUGUAAUAUCUCGCUGCUGUAAUCAAUGGAAUGUCCUCGUUUCAAGCCUCAUGACA